AUGACAUAAACUUGGCAUAAAUCCCGCCGCCGCUUGUAUCAAUUGAUAAAUUGUAUUAAGUUACGUUUGCAGUAGUCAUAUAGAGGGUUUCACUUUCGUUUUCAGACUAUGAUCUAACAUUGAAGGCCUGAUACAGAUUUAGAAAUGUAUAGCAUAAAAAUGAAUUAUGGAGAGAAGAAUAGCUGUUUAUGAUCUUUAAGUUGUGACUUUGCCAAUCAGUAUGCAAAUUCAAUCGGACAUGGAGGAAUUUGGUGAGAAUUUUUAUAAGAAUUUAGAUUUUAUAGACUUAACUCCAAAUACUAAAAUGAAAAAAAUACCGAAAUGCAAAUACCAGACAAAAUCAGGAAAUUCUGAUCAAAUAAUUUGUGCAAGUACGUGUUCUCAAGGACCCGAUUUUAUUGACGCUCAAGCUGAUAAUUUUCAAAACGAAUUAUAUCAGGACGCAUAUGCUCAACUAAAGUACUUCCAGAAAUUUAACACAGUUGAGGAACUUUGUAUUGAAAUACAACAGAAAGACUUAUUACCACAUGUCCAAUAUAUUUGCAGAAAUGUUUUAUUUGAUAUCUUACCAGAUAUUGAAUCGGGGCGUAUAGAUGAAGAUACGUCUAAUAAAGUUUCGUUAUGGAACGCACUGAUUCAAAUUCCAAUUAACUAUAAAGUAUUCUGCGCGGCAGUGAGUCAUUGUUGUGAUACUCAAAUAGAAAAAGUAUUUACAAUAAAGCACAGACAAAAACAAAAACCAAGACAUCGGGAAAUGCCUACAUUAAGGACGAAUAUGGAUGCAUCGUAUGUUAGAGUUUCCGAAAAAUAUGUACACUUGAAAGACAUGCAAACAGCUGUUCACAAACGGUCAUCAACAAUACAAGUUGUUGCGUUCAUAUCAAAUUCCCUGGGCACUGUCAAUCCAGUACAGAACAAUUUGAUGAUAGAUAAUCCAUCUAGACGUCUACACACUUACUCCGAUUGGCCUGUCAGAACACACGUAUGGCCCCAGCAACUUUCUAAUGCGGGUUUCUAUUAUACACAAGAUGGAACAGUUAUUAAAUGUGCAACUUGUGGAGUAACGACAGCCGUUGACCAUUGGCAAAGACAUGAGCGACCUGAGAUUGUGCAUUUUAAACUUAAUAGUGACUGCGAGUUCAUAAAAGGCAAUUUUCCACACUUAAAUGAUACACAUAAACAAACAGGAAUUGAAGUACAAAAAUAUGCAUGGCGAGGUACACAAGUGAAAAACCAUGACAAUAAUAUAAGCCAGGAAAAUGCACACAAAUUAAAUCUUGACGAAAGAAAUGGCAGUGAAGAUUGUGAAAGAAUUGUUGAAAAUUCCGUAGAAUCAGACAACUUGCAAAUAAGGUUAAGGACAAAUGUAGAUUCAUACUCUGGAAGAGACACUCAAACGAGUAAUAUUACGUCAAAUGACAUUAAUAAUACAACUGGUGGUGACGAUUUCUUAUUUGCCCCGGUCUUAUCAAAUCCGACCCAAGAAACGUCAGAACAAGCAGCUAAAUCUUCACUGAAUGAGUUUGGAAGCUUCGGUACGAAUAGAAAACAAUUAACACAGGAAUCAGAGACAACUUUGACAAAUACCGUACAAAAGAACGAUGGUAACAAAAACACCUUGAACCACAAUAGUCCCGAUACUACUAUACAUAACCAAUACAAUCUAAAUUCAUAUAUACCCCAGGGUUCACGCCAUAAUAUUCCAUACAAUAAUGAAGUAACUAACAAUUAUACAACACCUGUUCACAGAGCAACGUCAAGGGAGGUACACGCACCAGAAUUUAUAUCAAAUAACUUUAGAACUUACCGACCAAGUUCACAUAAUGUAUCGUACAAGUCGGCCAUGACAGGCAACAAUUACAGCAGAUCAAUAGACAUAGACCACCCAAUAACUAAUCUUCAAUCGGAACAAGUACCUUAUGAACCGGAAUUUUCACAUCCACAGUUCAAGACAAUACAGCAACGAAUGUCAUCUUAUACCAACUGGCCCGUAGAUGCAAAGCAAGCACCAACAGUUUUGGCAGAAAGCGGAUGUUUUUACACAGGUAAAAAUGAUAUUGUUCGCUGCUUUUGUUGUAAUCUUGGGUUAGCCGAAUGGGCAGGAACAGAUGACCCAUGGACAGAACAUGCACGACAUAAUCCUAAAUGUUGGUUUCUCAGAAAGGAAAAGGGACAACGAUUUAUAGACAGCAUUCAAGAGGAAUGGAAAAAGCGAUAUAAACCUAAGAAUCCAGCCUUUGAUGACUUGCUAUCACGGUUGGCGACCUUUGAUGGAUGGCGAGAUGACAUAGAACAGACACCGGAAAAUUUGGCGGAUGCUGGUUUCUUCUUCACAGGGGAAGAUGAUAUAGUUCGUUGCCACUACUGUGAUGGAGGACUACGAAACUGGGAAUCAGGAGAUGUCCCUUGGGAAGAACACGCACGGUGGUUUCCACAUUGUAAAUAUCUUAUCAAAAUGAAAGGAACUGGGUACAUCGAUAGUAUCAAAGAAAAAUAUCAGCGUCAAGAGGCUUCUGUCAAUACUACAAAUUCUUUUGAAGGACAAGGAGAUAGUUCAUUUCUAAAUACUGAACAUGCAAAGACAUUACUACGAAUGGGAUUUACCAUUAACAAUGUAAAGUCUGCCAUCAACAGCUUUAUCAGAACUCGCGGACAUAGUGAUUUCAAUACUGAAGAUUUGUUAGAGUUUAUACUGGAUCCAAUAGAACCUGCUCAGUCAACACAUUCGCAGUCUAGUGAAGCUUCGAGUCAACCACCACGACCAUUUCCAACAGAGAGAGAUCCAGCGAAACUAAAACUCCUCAAUACUGAAUUGAAGAACAGUCUGCUAUGUGUCAUCUGUAGAAAGAACGAACGUUGCAUGUUAUUCACAAACUGUGGACAUAGAGUCACGUGUGAGCAGUGUUGUAGGUCAAUAGACUUUUGUCCACAUUGUGACAAACGAAUCAAGAAAAUUGUUAAAACUUUUUUAUCGUAAGUGCUGAACGGUUACAGUGUACAGUGUAAAGAGUUAAAAGCAAUAUAAUUACUUUUAAAA